AUGAUGCUGUCCUUGUACGCGACCAUCGUCCUGCUCCUCCUCGCCGGCGUGGAGUCGGCGUCCAGGAAUGACUGCAAUGCCGGCGACAUCGCGGCGCUGGUCGCCGUCAAGGCGGCCUUCAACAACGCCUCCUACUUCGCGUCCUGGACGCCGGCCACCAAGUGCUGUCACUGGCGUGGCAUCAAGUGCGAAUACUUCCCGGCCACGGGCCAGGUGAACGUCAUCGGCCUCGACAUCGUCGAGGACGACAACGUCGCCGGCACUAUCCCCGGCGCCGCCAUCGUCGGGCUGGCCAAUCUCGUGGACCUGACGCUGUACAAGGUUCCGGGCUUGUACGGCCCCAUCCCCAAGGAGCUCGCUAGGAUCUCCGGUCUCUUUGCGCUCACGGUCUCCGGGACUCGCGUGUCCGGCCCCGUGCCGUCCUACCUGGGCGCGCUCACCGCGCUCCAGUUCUUGGACCUCUCCUCCAACCGGCUCACCGGCGGCAUCCCGCCGUCCCUCGCCGCGCAGCCCCACAUCACCAGCAUCGACCUCAGCGGCAACCGGCUCAGCGGUGGAAUCCCGGUGGAGGUGCUGAACCUGGACGGCCUGCAGUUCUUCAACGUCAGUAGCAACAGGCUCUGCGGCAUGGUGCCCACCGGUUCUGCAGCGAGGUUCGGCGAGUCCGCCUUCCAGCUCAACAAGUGCCUGUGCGGUGAUGCUCGGCUCCCUCCAUGCCACCACACAAACUGA